AUGGCUCCAGAAUUGUCGCCCACAAAAAGCGACAAAGUAUCCAAGGCUCUUGUACCGGACGAAAACGGCUACACCCGUCUGCACAUCACGCCUCUGGACCAGGAGCUCGUGAAGAUUGUCAUCCCAGCCUCUGUGCUUCCCAGUGCGCGCAACAUCUCCUUCCACACGCUCGAGACCUUCCCCGAGAAACGAUACGGGUUUGUCGACCUGCCUCAAAUGGAGGCCGAGAAGCUGAAAAGGAAGCUCCAUGGCGCCACGUUGAAGGGCUCCAAGAUGCGGAUUGAAAAAGCGCGGCCGGAGGAUCGAGUCGAACCCACGGGUGAUGUGGACACUGAGAUUAAGAGCAAGAAGAGAAAGUCCAAAGAUGAAUCUGAGAGCUCAAAAAGACGAAAGCGAGAUCACAAGGUGGUGGAAGGAGUUGUGCUCGAGGAUCGAAAAGUCAAGCGAGGCUGGACGGAAUCCGCUGAUACAAAACGGAAGAACAAGAAGACCAAGGACAAAUCUACCAAGGACAAGGACCAGGAGAAGAGGAGGCGGCAAAAAUCCAAGUACACAGACCAGGAUGAGUGUCUUCUCAAGACAAAGCUGCCACCGAAUGCGGUGGGCAAUUUGCCGGCAGCAGACGCCCAUAAGAAGAAAAAGAAGAAAGGAAACGUUCGAGAGGUCACGGUUCACGAAUUUGAAAAGACCACCAAAUUCCCCAGUUUCUUGAAGAACACGGCGCCUGAAACAAAUGGUAAGCCGGCAACAGAGUUUGUGGAAGGCAAAGGCUGGGUUGAUGAGGAUGGGAACGUUGUGGAAGUUGUGAAGAAGCAAGAUCUGCCAGUGACGACGCCGAAGCGCAAGGCGUCUUCCAAAAAGGAGGCUGCCGUACAGGAGGAAUCGGAUGAUGACGACACCAGCGGCAGCGGAACGUCGUCAGAGGAAGAGGAGGAUGGAGACUCUGACCCGGAUGAAUCCGAAGCGGUGAAUGUCACAAAAGUUGAGGCUGAAGAGAAGGACAGUGGAAGUAGUUCAGAAGGAGACGAUACAUCCAGCGAUGACUCCUCUAGCGAAGAGGAAGAAGACCCAGCAUCAUCUCCAACCAACAAAGCCGACAACACGAGGCCCAUGUCAUCCAGCUCCUCCAGAAGCCUCAAGAUCAAAAUCCCACCGCCACCCACUACCCCAUCGGCUAGCAAAGUCCACCCCCUCGAAGCGCUCUACAAACGGGCCAAGCCCUCCGAAACAGCAGCAACGCAAACGGCGGCGCAGGAAUCCCAGCCAUUCAGCUUCUUUGGCGGCGGCGACGCCGACGACGAUGACAUUGAAGACGAACCCGCGGCUCCCUCCAUACCCAUGACCCCAUACACCCGACAGGACUUUGAAUGGCGAAACGUCCGAAGCGCCGCGCCAACCCCGGACACCGCGCACCCCAGUCGCACGAGCUUUCCACAAGCAGACGACGUGGACAUGGACGAUGCCGCCGAAGAAGAGGAGGACGAGGAUCAGGAUGGUGAGGAAGGUGCCCCGGCUCGGGGACAAUCGGGAUCGAGUGAUUUCCAGACAUGGUUCUGGGAAAACAGGAGGGACUUGAACAAGUCGUGGAUGGAUAGAAGGAAGGGCGCGGCAAAGGAGAAGAGACAUAGAGAGAACAAAGCGAGGGCUUCCAAGGCGAUUUAG